CCGUAUUACUUUCCCUGGGAGAAGCAGCGGCGGUAGUCUGCGUGUGUCGCUAACAGAGGAGACGGUCCCAGACAGCUAGCAACAACCAUGAGACUGCUUUUACUUGGAGUGCUGGGCUGCUCCCUGGUCCUCUCUGUCCGAGCCUUUUACUCCGCUAGCGAUGAUGUUGUUGAGCUCAGCUCCUCCAACUUCAACAAGGAGGUGCUCCAGAGUGACAGUCUGUGGCUGAUUGAGUUCUACGCUCCCUGGUGUGGCCACUGUCAACAUUUAACUCCUGAUUGGAAGAAGGCGGCGACCGCCCUCAAGGGUAUUGUGAAGGUUGGUGCAGUAGAUGCAGACCAGCACAAGUCACUGGGGGGCCAGUAUGGCGUCAAUGGUUUCCCCACCAUCAAGAUCUUUGGAGCCAAUAAGAACAAGCCAGAGGACUACCAAGGUGCACGCAGUAGCCAAGCCAUCGUGGAUGGAGCCAUGAACCUUUUGCGCACUCUGGUGAAGGAUAGAAUGAGCGGCAAGUCUGGCAGCUCCGGCAGCUCUGGCUCCAAACAGCAGAAUGGUGGCGGCAGUAAGAAGGAUGUGGUCGAGCUCACUGAUGACAACUUUGACAAGAUGGUGUUGGAGGGUGAUGGGGUGUGGCUGGUGGAGUUCUUCGCCCCCUGGUGUGGACACUGCAAAAGUCUGGAGCCUGAGUGGGCAGCUGCAGCCUCGGCUGUCAACGAGCAGACCAAGGGCAAAGUGCGCCUCGGCGCUAUGGAUGCUACUGUGCACCAGGCUGUGUCCGGCCGCUACGGGAUCCGUGGAUUCCCCACCAUCAAGAUUUUCCGCAAAGGCGAGGAGCCCGAAGACUACCAAGGAGGCCGCACCCGUGGAGACAUCAUCCAGAAGGCGUUGGAUAUGUUCUCUGACCACGCUGCUCCUCCUGAACUGCUGGAGAUCCUCAAUAAAGACAUCUUGACGAAGACCUGUGAGGACAGUCAGUUGUGUGUUAUUGGUUUUCUGCCACACAUCCUGGACACAGGCGCAGCAGGUAGAAACGACUAUUUAAAGGUGAUGAUGCAGAUGGCUGAGAAGUACAAGAAGAAGACGUGGGGCUGGCUGUGGCUUGAAGCUGGAGCUCAGAUGGAGCUGGAGGCCUCUCUUGGUAUCGGUGGAUUUGGCUAUCCUGCGAUGGCGGCCAUCAACUCACGCAAAAUGAAAUUUGCUCUGCUCAGGGGCUCCUUCAGCGAGACCGGCAUUCACGAGUUCCUCAGGGAGCUCUCCGUCGGCCGUGGCUCGACUUCCACUUUGGGAGGCGGAGCCUUGCCCAAGAUUCACACUGUUGAACCCUGGGACGGCAAAGAUGGACAGCUUCCGGUGGAGGAGGACUACGACUUCAGUGACGUAGACCUGGAUGAUACCUUAGAUAAAAUUGAGUUAUGAGCCCAAACAAGGUUUUAACCGACUUGGGUCAAUCUUGUCUGGUCCUGUGCGACCCGCCUCCCCUCUCCUGUGGACGAAUGGGAGGCCGGGUCGCCCAGUUAAUUAAAUAUUCCAGAAAAGACACAUGAGAGACACAUGCAGUUUCUCGCAUCUUUGUCAGUCACACAUGGGGGGGGGAGAGGUUUGGGCUAUGUAUCAUGUCUAUGAAGUGCCUCACAUACCUGCUGAACAUUAGAAGCUGCAUAUUUAUAGGUGGCACCCAGCGGAGAGGGGGAGGAGUCAAUGAAGGUGGCAUUUCAGUUGUUCAUUCAAGUCAUUUUUGAACAUUGUUCCCCUUUUCAGCCGCCCUCGAGAACGAAUUUAAAUAUGUGCACAGAGGAACACUUCAAUGUCCAACCUUAUGUGACUCUUUAUAUUUUCAUGUCUGUCCACAAGAGGAUACUGUGGGACUUGUGUAGAUUUUUCUUACACGACUUUUAUUUCAAUUGUGUGAAAACAAAAUGUUUGUUACAAAAAUAAAAAGGAAUAAAAACAA